UAGAAAUUUGAAUAUUAAUGUCUAUCUUAUUCUAUACAAAUUUGACUACUUCAAUAUCGGAGCUGCUAGGAAAAUGAACUUUGGGGCAAGUUAAUUGUUCAAUUUUUGGAACUUAUAAGGUCUUUAAUUAUUUUGUGUGUAUAUAUAUAUUUAAGUAGUUGGUCCAACAUUGCAAACGAAAUGAUGAUAGAUCUAUACAUUAUUUGAAAGGGGCAACUUAUUUGCUGUUUGCUGACUCUUAUCAUCUUCUAGCUUCUGCACCAAUAUCACAAAUAAUGCCUACAUCCAUUCUCCCUUCCCAAAAUGGAAACACAAGAACCACAAAAAUGAGUUCAAGGCAACGUCCAUUACAUGCAUGUGGAGUUUCCAUGAUAGCAAUGGCAGAAAUUGCGAUUGGAAAAACCCAGAAUGUCAAUGGUCCAUUGGGUGCAAACUUGAGAAGGAUAAUUGCAAAACUUUCGAGAUCCACCACACCCCUUAUUUAUGCAAUGCAAUGCCAAUUGCUAGCCAUACUAUCCUUCAUGGAUGAUCACAUCAUAACAGCAGAGAAAAUCUCCGAGAAAUUGUUCCCAUCCUCUGCGGUGGCCUUCGACAAAGUCGAUGAACUAGUCCUAAUCAUAGCCUCCAUGCCAGAGAAAUUUGAUGGGGCAGUGAACAAGGUCUCAACAGUGAUCCACAAAGUGCCAUUGCUAGAACGGGCAAUGACCCUUUUCAUAUCAAUGUUGAAUGGUUUUGCUUCUAUCUUGGAUCAUUAUUGGGGGCGUGGAGAUUCAAUAAGCACAAAGGAGAAAACCAUAGGUGUUGAUUCAUCUUCUUCUUCUGGAUACAUUUCCUUGGAAAACUUUCCUCCCAUAUCGGAGGCCGAAAUCAAAGGGACUCACGACAAGAAGGCAGCGGCAGUGUUGCCGAGUUGCGCAAAAGGGUCUUACAAGCAGGCAUUACUGGAGAGUGGUAACAAAGAAGGGAACAAUCCACAUGAUGAUGAUGAUGAGAAGGAGGUUGAUGGAGGUGAAUUGUGUGAAGUUAGUGAAGAAGGGGAAAAGAAGCAAGAUGAUAGAAGAAGUGAAGUUGAAGAGAAUGAUAAGUGUGAAAGUAACAAGGGUGGUGAUGUUCUUUUGAAAUUGUUUGAUUCAUGGCUCAUGAACCCAGGUCGUUUCUAGAAAACCAUGAAGAAUAAUGCAAUUAGCUAGCUAGCUAACUAGAAUCUCCAUUUCUAGUAAUUUUUUUUUAUUGAUUUAUUUGUUUUGCAGUUUUGUUUCAAUGUUACCCAAACAUUCUUGAAAGUAGCUUGUUACUUAAUUUUGUCCAACAAAGCAAUCAAGUCCGUUCUUACCACUUAUUGAGUUACAGUGUAUAUAUAGGCAAUGAUUUACUUAGUAUAAUAAUACAAAUUUAUUGAUUUUGUAUGUGUGAAUCUUUCAAUUCCAACAAUAGAGGAGAACUAUAGGAUGUUGAGAAAUUAAUAACAUAGCAGUCUCCUUAUCAAUGAAGCUAAGGGGCUAUUGAGUGUUGAGGGUACAAUAGAACUAAUCACAAAAUAAAAUAAUUCGUCUAGGAAUUAUUCCGGGAAGAUAGGCACUUGGUGCGUCCAUCUGCAUGUUGCAAAGUCAACACCCAACAGAGAAGAAUAUCCAUUUUAGUUUUGGUUGCUGUAUGUUUGGAUCCUGAGUGUGACAAAGUCAAAUCAUCAUGAUCGUCAUCAAUAACGAUGUUCCUGAAUUCUGAUAGUGCUUCACGGAUUCCCUCUGAUCUACGUUCAAGUUGGCUUGAUGACAUAACCACAAAUGAAGCAACUGUGCUAAGAAUGAAUUCGCACCUUAGGACAAUUUCUUACGUUGGAUAUUUGACUCCAACAACUGAACCAUCACAUGAUACCGUUACGAAAAGGCAAUUCUUGACCACAGAUCAGGCAACUUGACAUUUUUAACACCCAAAAGUUCUCAAUCAAAUUAAUAAAGGUAAGAAAGAAAGAAUCUACGUUUUAAUGUAGAAAACAGACAAAAAA